GGUCACACUUUGAAUAAAACAUUGCAGUGCUCUACCUUUUUAAUAAGAUGGCGUACGCAAAAGUCUUGACGGUGCUUUUUGGGUGUUUGGUGGGAGCAGCAAUUUCUCAAAACUGCAGAAUGCCUCUGUAUCCUUCCGGAGUCUCGAUAGAUCCUUUGCGGAUUGCCGGUGUAUGGUAUGAAUACAUGUUCUAUGCUCCUGGCACUUCCGAUUACAACUGCAUUAACAUUUACACCCCGUUGAACGCCACAACGAAUUCAGUGACCGGUGUGACCAUCGCGUUCAACUGGACAAUCACAUUUUCCAUUAAACCACCUGGAAGCAGUUACCAAUGCAUUGGCAUGUGCAUUGUCGCUAACGUUACAACCGACGGAACAGAGUCAGUGGCGGCUUGGUUGCCACAGUCCAUUGGAGGAACCGGAACCCGCACAAACCUGAACUAUAGCAUCCUGUACACUGACUAUAACCUGAUUGAAAUCGCGUACCGGUGCGCUAAUCCUGUCACAACAUCGCUAUAUUGCGACUCUCCGUUAUUCUGGAUCAACCUCCGCAGCAAGCCGUCCGCGUUGGAUAAAUCCACAAAGGAUUAUGUAGCAAGCACAGUGAAUAAUGUACUGACUCGUUACUGCUUCACCACCGCUAACAUGACCUAUACCAACUGGGAUGACACCGUGCCCUUCUGUGCUCCGACCCCACCAACAGAUUGUGCAGCACUGGCCAAUGCUUCCAUUCGGAAACCACCGUCAACAUAAUAAUGUUAUGUAAUUAGCAUUUGCCCAAAUGAAAGGCGCACAGCAUUUGGCUAAAAGGUUGCAUUGCCCUUUUAAUUAUUUUAUUUAGCGAUAGCUAUUGUACUUUAUGUAUUUGCAAUAGCUUACGUAAAACUGCAAUACUCGGCACGCCAUUAUUGCAACGAAUCGAUAACAUACAGUGUCUAGUCCUG